AUGACUGAUUUUGGUGGAACUUUUUCUCGAGCUGUAUCACUUUUUGUGGCUGGAAAGACUGACAAUGAGAAGCUAGCCUCCUUGCUAAUAAUAGCAAAGUUGCUUAAGGAACAAGAGACUGACCAGUUGACACGGAGAAAGAUAUUUGAGAAAAUCGGAUUUGAUUUUAUAAAUCGCUUACUCAUUACUGAAUCUUCAGAUUCUGAAGCUUUAGCUUCAGUUGCCGUGGCCAUUUUGUCAUCUUAUUGUUCCGAUCCUGAACUAGCUCUUCAUCCUCAAAUCACAUCGAAACUUCCUUAUUUUAAUAAAUUCAUAUCAUCCAACGUAUGUCCUGUGGGUGUGGUCAAUGAUUCGCUAUAUUGCAUUGAAGUUUUUGUGUCUGUUGAUAAAGGACGGCAGUAUCUUUGGAGGUAUAAUACACUGCUCUCACUCAUUCAAUGCUUUAUCAAUUACGAAUCAUAUCGUGAAGUGUCAAAACGUAUCAUUAUAUCUCUCUUGGCUGAUUUGGAUCAAGUUAAGUCUAACACUGAUUUGAUACUGGAAUCAGUUCAAUACCUAACUAAUGAGAUCAAGUUAAGACAGUGUGAGCUGAAGUUUGAACUGUGUCAGCUUUUACUUGAUAUGAAUCAAUGGAUUGGAGAAUAUUUAACUCACAACAAGUGGUUAGUAGACAUUGGAUCUGCUCUUAGCGACAUACUUCACAGUAGAUUAGAUGUUGUUCAUCGUCAUGUUGGCCUAAUGUUACUAUGCUCUCUGUGCCAGAUGCAUGGCUGCCACUGGUUACUUGAAGUACCACCUAAAGAAGGAAAGAGUAAAAGUUCCUUUCUUUUACUGGCAGUACAUCUAGUCGGCAUAGAGAUUAAUAUUUUACUGGAGACAGACUCCAUUUCUCCUCAAGCGAGUCCUACCUCGUGCUUUGUGCCUUCACUCUCUCUUCUCAUAUCUUGUUUCUCUUUUAUUGAGCAAAGUAUUGUAUUUGUAGCUGACUCCAGUGAAGAGGAGGAGGAGGAGCAAAAGGGACAAGAAGGAGUGAGGAAUCUUCCUUCAGAAGAGGAUCUCUUACAACUGCAUUCAGCUUUACUAGAAUCCAUGACCAAUAUUGUCAAACUCCUUCAGAGAAUUACAAAAGAUUUUUUUCAGAAUCAUGAAACAUGUACUACAGAACAAAACCCGUUUCUAAUACCAGCCAUACGAGUUUUUGGUGCUUGGCUGGCCGAAGAUUCUCUCUCACUUAUGUCUGAAGUAUCUCUGCUCAUCCCUUUUCUUAUUCAGUAUUGUGAUCAUGAUAAAGGUGGAGGAGUUGACAUUGUCAAGUUCUUGGUUCCAGGUUUUAUGAAUUUGAUUCAUCAAAGUGAUGUUCUUUCCAUUGAUGAAAAGCUUAUUGGAGUUUUAUUGAAAUAUGCCACAUCCCUUUUGGCAAGGCUAGAUGAUGUUACUGUACAAUCACAAUUGCAGAUGUGUGUAUCGUUAAUGAUAAGUAUCUGUGAGAAAGUGGAAGAGAAGAAGAAGGAACUGACUAGUCCUUUGUGGACAGAGUGGCUGAGAAUCCUUUCACAAUUAAUAAAGAGCACUUUUGUUAAAGAUUUUAUUACUCAACUGAUAGUUCUGUAUCUCUUUAUAUUGAAACAAACCACAAAGCAAGAUUUGUAUAUUGGUGACAUCAAAAGUUGCAUCGACAUUCUUAUGAAAUUGUCUUGUAAUUAUCUAACGCUUGAGACCAACAGCAGCUGUAGUAACAUGACUCAAGACAUUACCACAAAAGAGGAGAGGAUGAGAUCAAGUGACAGUAAAGAGAGGAUUGACCUUGUGGAACGAGCUUCCUCUCGGAAUGUAGAUUGUCAUAUAUUGCAGCUGGGAUUAAAGCAGCUAUCAGUACUAGUAUCAGUAAAUCAUGAGAUAAAAUCUUUAGUUACUGGAUGUCCUUCCUUACCAUCAUUACAACAAUUAUACAACAAUCUCUCAGAAGCGAGAGAAGAGGUUGAUCAGAUGGGAGAGUGGCAGCUUCAUGAAGACAAUGAUCAAUUUGUAUCAAGUGUAAAUAUAUUAUUAAGAAAUUGUAAAAGAUAACUGAAUAAUAAUGAAUGAUA